AUGGCUACAACCAACCCGCAAAUUUGUUUCAACAACGAAGACCUAAUAAACGAAUUAAUACAAAAUGUAUUGGGUGACUUCAUCAACGCAAGCGUAACGGAGACGUCAGACGUCAUCGACACAUGCGUAAUGGAGACGUUAGACGACAUCAUCGACGCGAUUGAGACCCCCAAAGAUAACGAUCUCCAGGAUACCGAAAUCGACGACGUCGUCGAAGAAGUGGUUAGAUCAAUGAUGUUGGUUAUUUGCGAUGAUGCGUCGUCCGGCGGAGAAGCACCGUUGACAGAGUUGCAAUCUGUCGAAUCCACUGCAACAUCUGAAGGCGGACCUCUGGGCGACGCGGUGCAGGACGUUAAUGAAGAGCGAACUCCGGCUAAGGGAGCCGAAGUGUUCAAUAGAUUCGGUGAUCUAGUAGGUUGGCUAGAUCCGGGAGCAACACCCGUGCAAAGCGCUCCACGACGGCUGAACCCGUUUUCGGUGACGUGGAAAUGCGUCAAACGGGUUGUACGUGGAAUCUGUUGCUGCCGAGGUGAAGGCGUCGACUAA